UCUCGAGAGCUGGUGGAGUGUGGGUGUCUUCCGUACAAAGCUUUGUAGCCUUUGCUCCUUCGUCUCGACUGACGAGGCUUUACUGAAUAUACCGGUGAAGGAAAAAAAAAAAAAAAUCUGGAUUUAGUUCUGUCCUGUUUUGAUGUUGACUUCCAUGGAGCACAUGAAGGGUUUCCACCGGGAUGAGGACUAAGAGCAGAUGGUUCAAACGUUCACGGAAAAGGUCGCUGAGACUUGCUGGCGGAACCAGACUUCUGUUCGAAAAGCAUAAAACGGGAACAGUCAGAGCCGACAGAGGAGACCGGCCCACCUGAACUUGUCGGAGGUCAGUCGGUCAUAGAGGUACAGCGUUGCCCUCUCUUAAGGAGGCAGCAGCAGCAGAGGAGCAGAUCAAAGUGAAAACGUGGACCUUCUGUGACCGGGGCUUUUUUCGUUCCGGGGAAAAUCUCUCGAUAAAGACGUUGUUCAGAGCAGUAGAAAUGUUCAUAUCGUUUGUAAGGAGACGCCGAACAUGUUCACUAGACUGUAGUUCUGACAGAACCUGGCACUUGCUGAACACUUCCAGUCCUCACCAAGCAUCGGUGACGAGUGAUGCCACGAAGCAAUUAUCCCACGUACUAUAUUGCAUCCCCAUCGAAAACAGAGGUACUCCCGUCAUUGACAAAGCAGGCUAAAACUCGCGCCUUCUUUGGAAUAGCAUAAACUGAGUCGUAGCCGAAUUGAAUACAAAGUUUUCCCGCUCUCUCUUAUUAGAAAUCAAUACGAAGUGAAGGAAAAUGGAAAACCGUGGCUCAUUAAAGAUGAAUGCGGCUGUCAUCGGCGCAGCGAAUCCAUUGUUCAGUAUUCAACCGAUGCUGCUAUGUAUGAAUGAAUAUGUGCCAGUAGACAGUCUCGCAGAUCGCUCCAUUCAAACGUGAUUUGGUUGGCGCUCUCCUCUUCGUUGUUCAUGAUUAAUAAAGAGUGAAAGUGGCCUCCGAUCUCGACACUGUCAAGUUGCUUGGAAUCAUGCAGAAGGUGUCUGUCUGUCUGUCCGUUAGCCAGGUCUCCCCCCAAACCACUGAGCGGGUGCGGGAAGCAUGAAGAGAUUUCGAGACCAACUCCUCGGUCGUUGUGGUAGGACGAAUGCGCGAUCUUUUCCAUAGAUCCAGUGACGUUAUUCCCAUCUUUGCGAUCACCUUUUUUCUUUAAAUGUGAACGAUACAUUCGGCGUCCCAGAGUGCUAUGGGGAACGAAAGGGAAGCGAACACAGCGAGAAGAGAACUCGAGCAGUGUAGUCAGUGACUCAGAGUAUGUGACCGCAGACUCAGUCGACCCACUGCUGCUUAAAUGACAAUCAGAUGACGCCUCAGGUCAUGAAGGCAACGUGGACUACUUCCUCUCGUUCAAUAAGGCUCGUUUCGGCUGUCUUCCUAAGCUGGAUUCUGCUGCUCAAUGGGCUCGGCUCAUGUUCAGGCUACCAAAGUUUCCGGGAGGUGCCCGAGAGUGUCCAGGUGAAGGAGGGCCAAGACGUCUUCCUCAGGUGCGCCGUCGACGGCCAACAGGGCAAGGUGCAGUGGACCAAGGACGGAUUCGCUCUCGGAUUCGAGAGACACGUGCCAGGAUACCCACGGUACGCCUAUUCGGGGGACCCCUCCCGGGGGGAACACCACCUCCUCAUCAACGGGGUCACCCUCACCGAAGACGGUGAGUACCAGUGCCAAGUGGGACCCACCGACGCUAGUCCCGCCAUCUGGGCCGCCGCCAACGUCACCGUUUUGAUUCCUCCAAGACGCCUCAGCAUCACCAACUGGAGCGACGGAGGCACCAUCCAGGUCGUGGGCGGGAACUCGCUGUCGUUGGAGUGCGUCGUCUCAGGCGGGAGGCCCCCAGCCACCGUCUGGUGGUACCUGGGCAACACCAAUCUCCUCACAGACCAGGUGAUAGAGGAGAUGGACGCGCCCUCUGUGCCCCGCCGGUGGAACGUCCGGAGCAAAGUGGACCUCCGAGUGGAAGCGAAGGACGACAGGAAGACGCUCUCCUGCGAGGCUGAGCACCCGGCCUUUCGGGACACCGCUCAGGGACUCUCCGCCUCCCUCACCCUGUCCGUUCUGCACCCUCCUGGCCUGCCCGUCAUCACCGGCUACAAGAAGGGGCAGAUCUUCCGGGAGGGGGAGCGUCAGAACCUGAGCUGCCGAGCGCCGGGGGGAAACCCGAAGCCGCGGGUGGUCUGGCGCCGGGAGGGGCGGCCCGUCGACGCCAACUCGACCUUCGUGGACAGCGUGGGCGUCGUCAACACGUACUCGAUGGUGCCCACGAAGGAGGACGACGGCGUUCAGUACGAGUGCGUCGUGGGGCACGAGUUGCUGGAGGAGCCCCUCAGCGCCAACAUCACGCUCACUGUUUACUGUAAACGAGUGACCGAAUGCUUGGCGUCUCCCCCCGGACAGAUCCCCCAUCCUACGUCAGCCUGACUGGUCCCUCCCAGGUGGAAGAGGGAGGCUCCGUCUGGCUCACCUGCGAGUCGAGCGAGUCCAACCCAUCGUCCAGCCUCACCUGGAGCGU